GAACACAUGUGUUUAGUUAUCCUAGCCCAGAAGUUUCUCUCAUUUUUCUCAACUCUCUUAUUCUACGUUAUGGACUAUGACUAUGAGUACUGCUACCUAAACCCUAAUUCAAAACGGUUGAUAAUCGUCUUCCAUCGCUCAAACUCGAAAUCUCGAAAAAUUUGACGAUGGCCGAUUCGAGCAGCUUUAACAUGAAAAAGCGAGGCGCUGCUAGUGAAGGUGUAGAGCUGGUUGAAGAAAAUGGGUUAAAGAGACGAAGUUGCAGCUCAUCUCCUCUUCCAACUGGGUCUGGACAUGAUACUACUCAAGCUGGGGCUUUGAUUGAACAAUUACGAUGGAAUUUCAUGACUGACAAACUUCGAGAAUUGGAAUAUGAAAUUGAGAAGAGGAUCUCACAUAGCAUUAACUCUCCAAGUUGUGGAGAUGAAACCGAAGGUAGAGAAAGAGAAAGAGAAGUCCUACGUGAUGGUUUGAUUAAAGAAAAACUGCCAGAAUGGGAAAAUGAAUUUCGUGAAACAGUAAUGAAGGAAUUAGAUAGGAUUGCACAGCUUCAACUUAAACCUCCUCCACCAAACCCACUAAGCUAUCAAUAUGAGAGAGGAUCUGGAAGUGGAACAUGGAAACUCAGAUUACAUUUUUGCAAUCAAAUUGCCAGCAUCAUGUACCCCAAGGAUGAGAUAAAAGGUAUAGAUGACAAUCCAUUGAGACUUGAAAUUCGUGAUGCCUACUACAACACUAUCAUCGAUACCGGUCUAUUAUCGUCUGCUCCGUUCCAGAUCUUCCUCUUCGAAGAAGAAAAUGAUUCUAAAAGAUCUCCAGAUUUUGUUCCAGCCGAUAAACUAAGAGAGUUGAUGUCUUUUAAGGCUAUCCAAGUAUGUCGCCUAGAAAAUGGAGUUGGGUCUAUCAAAAAUCUUAUUAUCAAGCCCAGUUCAUAUUGGAUAUCUAAGAAGUUUUAUUUGGUAGUCAAAGUUAUGGAUGAACAGAUUUUAAUGGAGACCGGUGCUACGAUUGAAGAUGCCACUUCCGAACCUUUUACAGUUAAGACUAAUCGAAUGAAAGGGUUUGCAAAGCAUAACCCCCCAACUAAGCAAAGUGAAGUAUGGCGGCUAAUUGGGAUCAGCAAAGGAGGUGUAUAUCACAGAAUCUUAUUGCCACAAGGCAUAACAACUGUGGGAGAUUUCUUGAAGAAAUAUCAUGAAAUGGGUUCUCAAGCUUUGAAAGAGAGUCUUGGAGACAAAAUGUCAAAGGAGAUGUGGGAAAAGAUUGUUGGGCAUGCUAAGCAAUGUGAGGGUUAUGAUCCAACUCAUUAUCUUCCAACCUUACAGGCUGAUGAUCAUCGUGCUGAUACCAAUCAUAACUCAGAAGUUCAUAAUCCUCAAAAUCAAAGCGUUGAGGACAAUAAUAAUAAUAAUUCGGUGGGGACUGAACAACAACUACCUAAUUCCAAUCAUAAUUCAGAAGUUCAUAAUGACCAAAAUCAAGAUGUCAAGGAAAAGAAAUAUGAAGAAUGGUGUUUUGAAAAAGUGUCGGUUCUACUAGAAUCUUAAGAGUUCUUCUGUCAUCAUUUCCAUUUGGGCUAUAUUAGAAGCAGCUUCUUCAACUCCAUAUGAGAUGAGUGUUAUACUUUGAACACCCUCAAGAACUUGGACCAUAUUAAGAAAAAGCUUCUCUUUCACAGUCAAUUUUAGCCCUUUUUCUAUUAGAAAAAAUGUUUGAUUGAUAUAGUUUUUUUGGAAUUGUUUGCUAUUAUUCCAUCCUUUGGUUGAAUAUUGCAUGAAUUAUGUUAUUAAUUAUCUUUAUCACCCAAUUAUUUGUUGGAAGACGAUACUAGAAUUUUAACCAAUACAAUUUUUCUAUGGCUUUACAACGAGGAUGAACUGGUUUUUUAUGGUAGAUGGAUUGAACUUUUCAAUA